AGAGAAAAAGAGCUCAUCAUGUCUUUUGAGGUGAAGGAGAAGACAGAGGUGCGUCUCGUGUUUUUGGGAGCGGCUGGAGUUGGAAAGACGGCCCUCAUCCAACGCUUCCUCAAGGACACUUUUGAGCCCAAGCACCGGCGCACCGUGGAGGAGCUCCACAGGAAGGAGUACGAGGUGGCGGGUGUCAAAGUCACCAUCAACAUCAUGGACACCAGUGGCAGCUACUCCUUCCCCGCCAUGCGCAAGCUCUCCAUCCAGAGCAGCGACGCCUUUGCCCUGGUCUACGCCGUGGAUGACCCCGAAUCCCUGGAUGCGGUCAAGAGUCUGCGAGACGAGAUCCUGGAGAUCAAAGAGGACAAGUUCACGCCCAUCGUGGUGAUAGGCAACAAAAUAGACCGCCACAACGAGCGCCAGGUGUCCAGCAAGGAUGUGCUGUCCAGGGUGGAGCUGGACUGGCACCACAGCUUCCUGGAGUCCUCCGCCAAAGACAACAUCAAUGUGCUGGAGGCCUUCAGAGAGCUGCUCCAGCAGGCAAACCUGCCCAGUCGGCUCAGCCCGGCGCUGUGCCGGAGACGUGAAACCAUGCCCAAGGAGAGCACCAAACGACCUUCUUUAAACAAGACCAAAAGCUGCUUCAUCACAUAAAGACGUGGAGCAAAAGAGAUGGCGAUAAAACCGCCCAAAAGAGACUGAGGGGGGCUUUGUUGGUGAGGGGCUGCAUUCCAAGAGACAAGUGUUACGACUCUCAUGAAACACUGAGUCUGAUAACUAGGGAUCGGGCUUGAGAGCUUGGCAUGUGAACCCACUAAACCACUGGAGGCAUCAAGAUGCGCCAGUGACCACGAACACAGAGACCACCGGACUCACAUGCAACAAGUGGCUGGACGACCGUUUGAAUACUGAAAAUAAUGACCCAGUGCACCGACAUGUGCUUAUUGUGAAUGUGUAAACAUGAUGGCGUGAUGAAUUGUGACAUAGAAGCAGCAUUGUGUGUCGUAAGCUCAGUGUUCACUCACGUGUAUGUCAGGUUUCAUUUGUGUUAUUGCUGUUAAAAAUGUGCAAUAACUGUGAUGUGGUAUUUAUGCAAGUGUGUUUCCAUAAGAAAACAGAGGGAGAACGCAGCGCUUCAAACAUUAUGUUGUGAAUUAUUGUGCAGCCCACAUUUUUAAAUACAUACUUACUGGUGUUUUCUAUCUCUUGGUGUCUGACCAAUACAUAAUUUUAAUGUAAUGGGAGUAAUAUCAUAUUUUCUUUUCACAAUAAAAGCACAGAAACCUUAUUCAGUGCGUAUUUUAAGAUUG